AUUAAAGUAAUAAAAAAAAAUCGACAGAAAGAAAAACGAAAAAAGAGACAGGAAUAAGAAAUGGCGGAAGCUCAUCCUGGACCUGAUGAUCCAGAUGAUGAAAAAGAUCCUGAUGUCGAACAAGUUGCCUCUGAUACUGAAAAAGUAUUUAAAAAUUUCGUCUACAAGCGCUUGACAAGCCAUAUUGAUAAAGAAGCUACUGAAGGAGAUUUAGAGGUCGGUAGCAUUCCACCUAAUGUUAUAAAUGAAAUUCGUGAUGAGGAAAGACGCUUUAACGCAUCAAAUAGUAGGAGUGAGAACGACCCCAACCAAGAGCAAAUGAGACAAUUAGGUAAAACUUUAGCUGCGUAUGGGGAUGAAAUCCAAGAGAAGUAUCACACAACGUUUACUGAGAUGAUAAGCAGGUUAAAUCUGAGUAGUGAUCAAGAUUUUGCAUAUGAAUCUUUCACACGAGUUGCAAUAAGACUGUUCGAACAUGGUAUAAGUUGGGGGCGGAUACUUGGUUUGUUAUGUUUUGGUUAUGAAAUAGCAAUUUACGUGAUCAAACGAAGCACACAUGGGAUUGGUAGAUUUUUAAAAAAAAUUGUCAGUUAUGUGGCGAAAUUUGUAUUGAAAGAAAAAAUUGCCCAGUGGAUUGCAGAAAGAGGCGGAUGGGUGAAAGCGAUGGUGGAUAUGGAAAAGCAGGAUAGGGAUAUUUGGUUUUAUAGAGGAGGUGCUGCACUUGUGCUUCUUUUUGCCAUUGGUCUUACAUAUCAAUACAUAACGAAAAAGUCCUGACGAUGCAAAUAUGGUUGACUGGUUGGACCUAAAUACGGCACGAACAAGUUACAUAAAUCCGAGAUUACGUCACUUGCAGACCACAGCAUUGAAUGUUUUAAAAUAUCGGCAUAGUGAAGACAGCUUCACUGCAUGUAGUAUUGUAAACACUUUUCAAUCAACUUUUUAUGUGUCAAAAAAGCUAUCCAGGUUAAAACUUCCGACUUUCAAGAUUUGUAAAACUUAUGCUCUUUUGUUCUUUUUCACAAACAUUCUACUGUUCAUUGAAUCUCAAAAUUUUAUUAACGACUUUUUAAAAUUCCUUUUUUUUAACAUAUUUUUUUCCGUUGGUGACGCUAAGGAAUAUUUUGAGCGUAAUGUUUUGAAUAUUCACGCUUAGCAAAUGUUUAGGAAUUCUUGUAAAGAGAAGUGUAUUGCGUUUUUGUGUCAUUUGAUGAUUCAGUUCUUUUUAAAUAUUAUUAUUUUGAAUAAUGUAUAUUUUAAAAGAAAAAAAAACGCUUUUGAAAUA